CUGGCGAGCAGUUUUUAGGCUUAUCCAGCCGGCAGGCAGGAAGGAGCAAAUCUCUCAGCGCAUAAUCACGGCAUUUCCAUACUAUGGAAAGCAGGUGAUGUGAGGCACUUGUGGAUAUGUAUUUUUCCUUUCGAAUCGUGAAGCACCACUUCUCAGUUCCAUCGCGUGCCUAAACUGCCUCACUUCAAAUCCACUUUGGCAAAUCUACACUAAAUUUGAUGGCCCCAGAGGUAGUACUAGGAGGAGGAUUAUCUGAACCCGUUGUUCACUAUGGUCGAGGGUUCCGUGCGUAUGGCACCCUCUGCAAACGCAGCGCCAAAGAACUCGUCCACGUCGUCAUUGUCGUCGCUGUCCACACCUCUCACUGCUCAGCUCUCUUCCGCCCAGCAGCGGCCACAUCAGCAACGUCAUUGUUCGACGACGCUCGACGGACUUGUCAAGAAGAGGGUAGCCGCUCCGAGUAAUGCUUCUGGCAUUCCUCUGCCCCGUCAGGGGUUGCGGGCACGGGGAGGUCGAAAGUCACCCACAAGUAACAUCACCAACAGCACGUCCAUCCCUCAGACGCAGUCAUCCACCUCAAUCACCAGCAGCAAAAUAUCAAGCAGCAGCGUCACUCCUAAAAAUGCAGUAACUGUGCGAUCAAUAGCGGGCGGAGCUCUGCGCUACGCCAAUGCGCGGCUUCGAAGGCACACCGAUUCAUCCCUCCUCGACCUCUUUUCAUCGUCGACUGCCGAUGCCAUAGAUGCGGGAGCUGCGACAGUGUCAUCAGCACCCGCAGACGACGACCAAGGCAGUGACGAAGAGGACUCAUUGCUCACUGCUUUUAUUCGCGCCGCUCAGCAAGGAGGCAUACCUCCGAUUGCUCUUGCCGCUGCCGAAGCAUCCGCAGCCAAGCGCCACCAUCACGCGGCUAAAAGUCACGGUCGUAGGAACACUGCCGUGACCUGUGGAAGCGGCAGCAGCAGCAGUAGCAACGGCAGUAGCACUUGUGCAGGGGCUGCAGCUUCAACAACUCGCAGUGGGAUACCAAGGCCGACAAGCGGCCUGGCUUCAGUUGUGAACAACAAGGCAUCUACUGCUACUAGCACUAGCACUGGUAGUGGUAGUGGUACUACACCAGAAACAUCUAUGAACAACCAUCCAAUAGGAAGCCAUGCGCGCACUGGAGGACCUGCGGGAGCAAGAGCAGGAGUGGUCGUGCCUCGUCGACUCGCAAGUACCAGUACUGGACAGAGACAAGCCAGCGCAGCGGGGAUCGCAAGCAGAGUCGCUUCUGGUUCGAAUGUAUCGAAUCCCAACCACCACCAUCGCUCGAGCCAGUCUCCAACUGCUGGAAGCACAGUACCAACAGCAGCAGCGUUCGUUCCCAGAUCUCCGUUGAUCGGUCGGCCAGCCAAUAUGGGCUCCAAAGAGGAGGACAUUGCUCGCUGGUGUGCCAGCGUGUCACCAAAGUAUGGCGGGCCGUCGCCAGCGCCUUCGCCAGAUCCUGACGAAAUUUUCCUGCGCUAUCACGCCACAGUGCAACGGACCAGCCAACACAAUCCUAGCGCAGCUGGACCUGUCGCCGCGGACCAACUCCACACAACGUCGUCACACCAACACCACCGCUCUACGACGAACCAGACUUCCUCAUCGACACCACAACGCAACAAGGGCAGAUCAAUACCCCGCAGCGGCGUUCCAACUUCGAAUCUGGUCGAAAACAGUGAUCAUUUCCAUCGGAGCAAUCAUCAUCAUCACCACCAGCAGCACCCCCACCACCCACAGAUGCAUAGUUCAAGUCACUCCAGACAAACGACGGGAACUGGAAGCAACAAUGCUCACUCCGCAGUUCCGCACAGCAGGAAUCAUCACGGACUAGGGCCGACCAGUAGCGGUAGGGGUAUGACAGGUAAUCAAUCAAUUCCAGCUGGUCAUCGAGGCAAUACGUACCCAUACCAGCAACAACAGACUCAGCAUUCCAUCAACUCUAGCCACAACGAACACGGCCAAAGCAGCAGCGGCGGAACCAGUCCCAACAAAAUUCCAGCGUCGAAACUGCGCAAGACUCGUGCUCAGAGUCAGCUGGUACGACCUGGCCAACUUCGACCGUCACCUGCGGAGGAGCCAGGACUAGAUGACGUAGCGGGGCUUCUCUGGGUGACCAACUCCGCAGAUUUGGACUGUGGUGUGGACAUAGCAGUAGCGGCCGCAGAAGGAGACGACGAUGCCUUCCAUUCUCCCGCAUUGCUCAAGACCCCCAGCUGCAGCAGCGGUGCGCUCAAUUCGGCAGAGGUGUCCACGUCCAGCCUGUCUCGCUCGGACAUGCCACCGCCGUCGGAAGCUGACCUCGCAACGCUGCUGCCACUGCCGUCGUCGCUGCCUCUGCGCACGAAACCGGGGAGCUCUUCAAGCGCCGGCAAAGCUGGCCGUCAUCAUACCGUGGCACACGGCUCCUCCAGACGACACCAUCGGCGGAGGUCCGAAGACGAUGAUGACGCAUUUCGCUUUCCGGACACCUCUGGGCAAGCUCGCAAGCACAAGCCGCAUCGGUUGGACGUUGCCGACGACGCAGAUCCGCAGCUCGCUGCUGUGAACAGUGAGGAAGAGGAGAAACCCACAGUGCUACGCGCUCAUAACUAUGCGCGUCACGGCGCCGAAAUAGACAUCAUACCCAAAGCGUCAUCAGCGGCUGCUGCUGGUGGAGAUUCACCGUCGAUUGUACCAAAGAAUACAUCACCACACACACUACGGCAUCAUCGAAUUGUUCGUCAGUCAAGCGGCUCGCCGCGCGCAUCGCCAAAGUUCCAGCCACGCUCACCAACAGUGUCACGCGAAUCUGACAGUCUGAUUCUGCCCGGCGAGGGAGAUCCUCUCCCGGCGUCCAUGUGUGAAGCAGGCGCCGAUGCUGCUACGGGAGCAGGAGCAGCAGCGGUAGCAGCCCCUACUGGCUCAUCUAAUGCGCUGAUGCGAAUUCCGUCGAACCAGAGCGAUGGGUUUGAGCUCCAGGGCUCGCCGAGUCCAGGUUCAAACCAGCUUACACCGGACUGCGCACUGUCUAGUUCUCCGCAACACUUGGGAUUUGAGCAGCGUCGUGGUUCGUUGCGGCGCAAGAGCUCCCGCGGCUCAACGGACAGUGGUGCUGCUGCGAAGGCGGCAACGACCGCCACCGAUGGCAAGGGAUGGCUGCUGGGAAGAAAGCUGAGCAUGGGGAAAGCAGGAAGGUUGAAGAAGCCUAGUUCAAGAAGCUUAGAGGACUUAUCGCCACAGCAUGAUGGACAUGGUGACUCGCUCGACAGCCAGAAGGCAGAUGAUGACGAAGCGGAGCCUGCUGUCGGUACAAACGAAGUGGAAGCAACGGCAGAACAGAUACCCGCUGCCAAUCUCCAACGACCAUCGAGUGGCGACAAGCGCAGUGGCAAGCGGCUGUUCGGCUUCGCCAACCCUCGCCGAUGGGCAAGCGGGAAGAACAAGAAGCUGGAGAAAGCGUCCAAAUCUGCCGACAUUCAGCAGGAGUACACGUUUCCAUCCUGACCCGAACCGGUCAUCUAAACUAGCCAACCACCAGCGGCAAUGACCCUAUCAGCUGAACCCCCAUCCAGUCAUGGUCACGAGAAGCUCGGUCAGCUCUGUCGAUGGGCAGGCAGAUGGA